GCAAGGGGCACUUGGUAGACCUCCUGGCUCCAAAGCCCCUUCACUUGCUCUAGAAGCGGCUAGGGGUUCAUGAUGCUUCGGACCUGUCGUGUGCUCUGUUCCCAAGCUGGACCCUCCGCUGGGGGCUGGCAGCCCCUGAACUUUGAUGGUGGGGCUUUUCACCUCAAAGGCACAGGAGAACUGACACGAGCUUUGUUGGUGCUGCGGCUGUGUGCCUGGCCCCCCCUGGUCACACAUGGCCUGGCGCUCCAGGCCUGGUCUCGGCGACUCCUGGGCUCCCGGCUCUCGGGCGCACUUCUCCGAGCAUCUAUCUAUGGGCAGUUUGUGGCUGGUGAGACAGCAGAGGAAGUGAAGGGCUGUGUCCAACAGCUCCAGACCCUAGGCCUUCGGCCCCUGCUGGCCGUACCCACUGAAGAGGAGCCAGACUCAGCUGUCAAGACUGGUGAGGCCUGGUAUGAGGGAAACUUCAGUGCUAUGCUUCGGUGUGUGGACCUGUCACGAGGCAUCCUGGAGACCCCUGGCCCGACUGGGAACAUCCUUAUGCAGCUGAAGGUGACGGCGCUGACCAGUGCUCGGCUCUGUAAGGACCUAACCUCAUGGAUCAGAAAACCAGGGGCUUCCUUGGAGCUAAGCCCUGAGAGGCUGGCAGAAGCCAUGGACUCUGGGCGGGAUCUCCAGGUCUCCUGUCUCAACACCCAGCAAAACCAGCAUCUCCAGGCCUCUCUGAGCCGUUUACACCGGGUAGCCCAGCAUGCCCGGGCCCAGCACGUGAGGCUGCUGGUGGAUGCCGAGUACACCUUCCUGAACCCAGCUCUCUCUCUGCUGGUGGAUGCCCUGGCCAUGCGCUGGAAUGGCCCCAGGCAAGGCGGGCCCUGGGUGUGGAACACUUACCAGGCCUAUCUGAAGGACACACACGAGCGGCUGAGGCAGGCCGCGGAGGCCGCUGACAGGGCUGGCCUGGCCUUCGGAGUCAAGUUGGUACGAGGGGCAUAUCUGGACAAGGAGAGAGAGGUGGCUCGGCACCACGGGACAGAAGACCCCACUCAGCCGGACUAUGAGGCUACCAGUCGGAGUUACAGCCGCUGCCUGGAGCUGAUGCUGACCCAUGUGUCCCACCGUGGCCCCAUGUGCCACCUCAUGGUGGCUUCCCACAAUGAGGAAUCUGUUCGCCAGGCAACUAAGCGCAUGUGGGAGCUGGGCAUUCCUCUGGAUGGGUCCGUCUGUUUUGGACAACUUUUAGGGAUGUGUGACCACGUCUCCUUGGCACUGGGGCAGGCCGGCUAUGCCGUGUAUAAGUCCAUCCCUUAUGGCUCCCUGGAGGAGGUGAUCCCCUACCUGAUCCGGAGGGCCCAGGAGAACCGGAGUGUGCUGCAGGGUGCCCGCAGGGAACAGAAGCUGCUCAGCCAAGAACUUCGGAAGAGAGUGUUGGGGCGGGGCCUGAGGGUACCCCAUUAGCAUCCCCAGGGGUCAUGUGGUUAAU